CGUGUGCGCACGUGUGACGCCGCCAAUGGAUACUCGACGAGGUGGCUGAUCGAAAACUCGAGGGGACGUCCUCGGCGCCGUUUGGGCUCGCCGAACGGAGCGCGCGCUGCUCGAGCGAGGGCGAAGGAACGCGAGCGACGCGAAUACAUAGUUGCGAGGAGUGCUAGGGUAGGAACACACGAAUGGACGAAACGGGUCUGUGCAAUUGCGACCUUUCUCCACUGAUUCGCCACGGUACGUAGCGAAGACUCCGGAGAGUGGUGGAUUUGUGUGAAGGGCCACGAAAGGACAAAAAGAGACGCGUGAAAGGAAUCUCUGGCAUAAAAGAUAUAGGAAGAGAAGAGGGCGAGAAAAUCACAGUAGGGUGAAUAGGGAGAAGGAGAACGAAGAGAUACACACAAGUGCGACAAAGUGUGAGGACGCGAAAAGAAGGAUGGGCGAAAAAUCGGUCGCGAUAGGUUUCUCCAAGCGAGCGAAGACGCCUCUCGUCGUUGGUCGUUGUUGAGGCGCGUCCGAGUGUCGAGUGUUGGGAAAGGAGGUGUCAAGCGCGACAAGCAGGAGUCGAGGGACGCCGACGACGAGUUUCGGUACAACGACGACGAUCCGCGCGUCAUGGAGCCGUCGGUGUUUCUGCUGUACGCGAUGACGGUAUUUGGCGUGGCGGCCAGCGGCGACAAGUGCGCCGACGAGUGCUCCUGCAAGUGGAAGAGCGGGAAGCGUACGGUGGAGUGCAUAGAUCGUGCUCUGACCAGCAUACCGGAGUGGAUCGAUCCGGAGACUCAGGUGCUGGACACGAGCGGCAACGACAUCAGGCAUCUGCCGAGUAACAUUUUCGUACGCGUACGUUUGACGAAUCUUCAGCGUCUCUACCUGCGCGAGUGCCGUAUCGACCGGAUCGACAGCGAGGCACUGGCCGGCCUGACGAAUCUCGUGGAGCUUGAUCUCAGUAACAAUCUACUGACCGCGGUGCCGAGCUCGAGUUUCACGGAUACGCCGUUCCUGCGCGACCUGGUGCUCGCGUACAAUCCACUCGAGAAGGUCCGCUCGCACACCUUCGAGAGCACGCCGAAUCUCGUGAAGCUCGAUCUAUCGCAUACGCAGCUGGUGGAAAUCGAGUCGAAGGGUUUUCGCGGGCUCGACCUGCUCGAGAGCCUCAAGCUCAACAACAAUCGAUUGUCCACCUUGCAUCCGGGCACCUUCGAGCCGCUCAACAAGCUCACGAGUAUCGAGCUGCACGACAAUCCGUGGAUCUGCAACUGCCACUUGCGCGAGAUGAAGAUGUGGCUGGUGAAGCACAACUUGCCGACCCUCGUGGCACCUGUGUGCCAUGGCCCCGAGCAACUACUCAAGCGUGCCUUCACCGACCUCGGCAUCGACGACUUCGCCUGUCGGCCGGUCAUGUUGAUAGCCAGUCGCUACGCCGAAGCGACCAUCGGCGAGAAUGCCAGUAUCGUGUGUCGCGUGAGCGCGAUACCAGCCCCAAAGGUUAAAUGGUACUGGAACGGCCGAUUGCUGACCAAUCACUCCGCUUUCAGCAGCUAUCAGAAGAUCCUUAUCUUCGAGGAAGGCCAGUUUAGGAAAAGGAGCACACUGAUCCUCACCAACGCCCAGGAGGCGGACUCGAGCGAGUUCUACUGCGUCGCUGAGAACCAAGCCGGCAGCGCCGAAGCCAACUUCACCCUGCACGUGUCCCUGAGGACCGCGGGCAUGUCGACUCUGGGCUCCGGCCAAAUCGCCGGCAUAUCAGCCGCGUUGGUCGUGCUCAUUCUUUUCAUAUUGCUCAUCAUUCUCGUGCUGUUUAUCCGUCUGCGAAGAAUGCCGCUGAAGGACGUGAAAUCGUCGGUGCCGAUGGAAGCGACGUCCGGCGGUGACGGUGGCGUCGGCAACGGUCCCGGCGGUGGUGGUGGCGGCGGCGGCGGCGGUGGCGACAACAACCCACCGUCCGCCACAUCCACCACUCGUAGGAAGCACGAGGAGAUCGAGACGACGUCGUUCGGGCUGGAGUCGAAGCCACCCGCAUCGUUGCACCUGAGUUACGUGCAGAGACCGCAGGCGGCUGUGGUGCAGGAUAACGAGUACGCGACGAUAAGCCGCUUUGACGACCAGAGUCAACCACCCACGGUGGCGAUGCCCGCGGGCGCCUGUUUCUCGUCGACGACGUCCUUGAUGCCGAUCGAUAAUCCGGAUCUCAUCAGGGAUACCCGGCGCGGCUCCGCCGAGGACAUCACGCCUUACGGCGUCGCCGAUUACGGUCGUGUCGAGGCAAUGGACGAUGGCAAGAUGCUCUAUUCUAGUUGCCUGUGGGAGGCCAGAGAUGCCUGCAGAACAUCCGUUUCGGUGAGCGCGUAUCCGUCGAAGGAGACGCUCGCGGUGGUGGCGCCGGCCGUCGAGCAGUUUCCGCCGGGCGCGAAGCAGAUGCGAGUCUGGCAGAAGGGUGUCCCGGUACUGCCGCCGGUUUCAGCGCUGAAGCGUGUCCUGGGAUCUACGCGCAGCUCGCCCGAUGAGGGCUAUCAAGAGGGCACCGGGACCGAUGUCUAGGUACCGCUACUUCAUUACUGCGACGCCCGGCACCGUUACCUGGAGCUGCGUAGGAGGCAUCAGGAGGACGACACCGACUGCUAAAAGAGGGGAGAUAGACUACCAUGAACGGAACCAUGAACAGAGUUGUCCUCGCGAGUGCCGGACGGGCGGUAGUGAACGAGUAGAAGAGUACAAGAGGAACUGUUGAACUGGAGGAACCUCAGUUUGUGUGAUCGCGCGCGCAUGAAAGUGCGACGAUGACCGGGACCGACCGCCGCGACGCGCGAUCGCUGUGAUCGCCGCGCCACGCCGUCGCGACGUGUCGAGUACCGUCCUUACCCUACCGCGAGCACGGUUGAACGACAAGUUAUACGACAGUGAAUCCUUCGCUGUUGAACCGCGCUACCAUGAUCGAGCUUUCGCGUAGAGCUUUCGUGAUCGAAGGUACGAGGCCAAUUCUCCGGUCCGACCGGUCAACACGGCCAACUAGGUGCCGCGCGAAUUCACGAGACGGUGCCCCCACCGGGACGGAUAGUACGGUACAAUUAACACCGCGAUACCAUAGACAACGUCUAAAGACCGCGUCGUGAGAGCGCGUAUGAGGCGUACACGCGCGACGAUCGAAUCGCUAAGUGUAUCCUAAGCAAGGAGCCUUCGAAUACGAGAUGACCGUUGCUGCGGAGGUCGAUGAACGCGCAGAUCGUUGUACUCCAAGGGGCCUCAAGCAUCGGUCUCGGGCAUCGAUUGUCGAGGAUCGACAACGACACGACGUAUUAUCGUGUUGCUCAUCGGUACAGUGCGACGAACCGAUUCACACACAUACACACACACGUACACAUAGCCGACUCUGUUUAGGGUCACCGCGUGCGAUUAACACGACCUUCGAGCGGCGCGUAGGCGACAGGGCAAAAACAACAGCUAGCUCUCCCGCUGUCUCUCUCUCUCUCUCUCUCUCUCUCUCUCUCUCUCUCUCUCUCUCUUUCGAGCUUGAAGAGCCACCUUGUUCAUGCGGACUAACACCUGCGAGCGUGCGUCCAUUCAUAGUGGUGCGACUCUUUGAGGCGUUCAACCUAUCGUGUGCGGCAAUUAAUGACACAGUUAGCGAUGUCUUGUGUGUGCGGUACGUGUGUGGUGCACCAGUUGGCGGACGUUCGAUUCUGUUUAACUGGAAAUGUGCGCGCACCUGUCACGGGCCCUGCUCCUUCAGUGCUCGACAUCGAUGUUGUUAGUUUGUACGGGGUGGCCCGGGAGGGACGGUCGAUGCUUCAGUAGGUGAUAGCGCUCGUCGUUGUUGUGAGUGAAGAAGCGUUCGCGAAGCGUGUGUCCAAUUUCGAGUAGUUGGAGGGUUAUCGUCCACGAUAGUGGAAAUUGGUGGACGUGCACGAGUAUCACGUAACGUAAGUCGAAAGAGAUCGGAGUUUGCAAAUGGGUAACACAGAUAUUGCGAGCGCGUCUCCAAGUUUGCGGUAAGCUCUCCUUUUCUUUCUCUCUCUCUCUCUCUCUCUCUUUGGAAAUUCUAUUUGCUCGUUGGUCGCGACAAUUGUUCAAAACUGGACACGUAUUCGCCGGCACUUCUUCAUUUGUGAACAUUUGAGGCUGAUCGGUCGACGUGGUCGACGGUGUAUUGACCUUCCCUGCUGCGACACCCUGGUGCAACGUAAUAGUGAGAUAUCGGUCGGUCGUAUUCAGUCGACCAAGAAGCCGCGACAUCUGUGCCGAUAUAAGCCAUGCCUCGCGCGUAAUGCAUAUACCGCGUGCAUCAAGUCAGAGGCGAGGGAGCAUGAUGACGAUGCGCUACGCGCCGUGCUCGGCCACGUCACUGUCACGACGAUCAUGUAGCGCAAAUAUCGACGGGUAACACUUUAUAUAACGGCUGAACCAAAGUUAGACGAGUCUCCUCUUGAGAGAGACGUUCAAGUAGCGAACGCACACGAAGACUACAGUGCAUAUCCUGAUUAGGAUGACGCGUAGAUGAGUGUAUACGUACACACGUGAUAGGAAAAGCGAAGACGACGCUUAAGCUAUACCGAAGUGUCUCGCGAAUUUUUUCUAGUCAAUUCGGAGUGAAAGAGGGAACGAAGGGGUAAACGACGGAUAUUUAUUUAUUUCGGCGGGGUGAGAGGUUCGCGCGCUGGGAAAUGGCGCUCUCUCGAUUGGGGAGCGUGAGGUUAGUCUCUCGUUGAAAUCAACGGUGCGGGUCCCUCGAAGCCUCGGUCGACAAACUCUCACGAUUGUGAACCGGCGCGAGCCUAUAUUGUUGCUUCGAGUGGCUGGUCCGAGUGGCUCUCGUGUCCGAGACGAAACCUCGCAAGAACGAUCGAGCGAGAGAUAGAUACGGUGUCGGAUGCUGCUCUGGAUCCAUACUCACGAGGCAUACGUUCUCUGAUUUCAUCCACAGACUCUCUUUGACGGAUAAGCCCAAUUUUCUUUCCAAGUGUCAAAUGUUCGUUUUUCCGAAUACAAACAUAUAUAUAUAUAUAUAUAUAUAUAUAUAUAUAUAUAUAUAUGACUUAUGAUGGCGACGCUUGCCGUCGUGCUUGGAGGUUAGGUCAAAUUGAAGAGAAAAGUCUUGUAUUAUUUUGCGCGCUCGUGCACGCAAAUUUUUGUGUUAAUAAUUGAAGAAGAUUGACAGACGAUCGCGUGUAAUCUUUCACUGAUCUUCUUUAAUUAAUAGCUCAAAAAUCUACGUGUUAUUUGUAAAAGUGAAACUUUUUUCUUCAGUUUGAUUUAAUUUACAAACAUACGAGUGUCGCCAUUGCAGCUCAUGUACCGCACAACACGCGAUCAUUCGCGCCUAACCUAACCAGUCUUUUUUCAUUAAUAACUCAAAAUCUUACGCGGUUAUUUACAAAAUAGUAGAAAACUUUUCUGUUCAGUUUGACCUAAUCUACUUGUAUACCACGGCUCCGCGUGUGUAUACAUACAUACAUACAUACAUAUACACACACACACAUGUGUGUGUCCUUUGAUUCUCGUGUUGAAUAUGAUUUAACGAUGUGACAUUUGAAUAUAAUGGAUAUAAUCGAUCUUUUCAUAAUUUAACGUCGAAUCUAGUUACGUAUUGUCAUCAAUAUUGAAACGUCGGACAUUAGAAUAUAUUCUGGCGUUUUUAUCGAUAUUCUACUUAUCAGCGAUGUAAAAUGUUCGUCGUAUUGAAACAUUUAAAUGUCGUAUUGACAACGGGUCAAUGCAUAUUACUGUGACAAUAUCCGAUAAUUAAAGAUUGACAGUAUGUACUUUUAAUAUUGACGGGUCUUUCAUCCCCAUGUGAGUGCAUGUAAAUCGCGACGGUAAAUCCAGAAUACACGUAGAUCUCGAUCGUCGUCUUUGUAUACGGCGCAGCCACUAGAAUCAAUUACAUAAGACUGUGAUAAGCCUGUAAAUCAAUCGCGAGCGAAUGUAUACUAUUGCUCAAUCACUAAAGCAGGAUUUCGCGAUUGAUUGGCUGGCUUAUGCCUGGCGUUAGCGUCUUACGUAAGUGAGUCUCUGUCGAUCCAGGCAUUCGACGGGGAAUCGUAUUGUCAAAUCGGAUUAUUAUGUUCCCGCAGCGGUAACAUCGCGCCGUAUUGAAAAAUUGUAUCAGAAAAUCAUCGGCGGCCCCUCGUGGAAAUUAUCAACAUAUUUCGCGAGUAACGCUGAAAUUCGCCGCUCAUAAUAUCCGUCAUAAAAGAGAAACGGUUAUUUGCCUUUUGUAGCAGAGGAGAGCUCUUGCUGUGUAGAAUUGGAUCUUCUGACGAAUCAAUUCACAUGAAAAGUUGUCUGUCAUACAUCGAAUAUUUUUGGGCAUCGCGCAUUUUCACGUUCGACAGUACAUUGCUAACCGAUUUGUCCGAUUCAUCUCUAAGAAAAUAGAGUCACGUGCUUUCCACAAUGAGCGCGAUUCAAUUUCACAAGUGAUUCUCACAUACAACCUCUCCUCUCAUUCACUCGUACCGUGCUUUCUGGAAACAUUUUUAUCGCGGCGAAGAAUUAUCCCCGCUGGGAAAAGGCAACCCGAUCUGAUGAUAAGUCAAAACGCCAGUGUUGCGAGUUUCGUUCGAUCGCCACCUAAAGUGUGUCGACGUGCGUUCAUUUUAUAUGCUGUAUAAGCAUGUACCCAUGCGGCGCGUGCAUCUCUGUAUGCGUACGUGUGUGUGUGUGUGUGUGUGCGUGUGUGUGUGUGUGCGUGUGUGGAAAGUCGUGUGUGAGGUCGUGUGUGCUUCCGUUCGCGCGUACGCGUUUUCCGUUCGUCGAAAAGGCACGCGGUCGAGAUAGGCUCGCGCGAACGCAAGCGCUCGAUUUAGCGUUUUGCGUUUAUUGCCGAUUGUUCGUAUCUAACGAAACGGCCGGUUUUCUCUGCUCAAUGAUGCGCAAAGCCAUAUUCGUCAUAUCGGAAACGAAACGAGCAAAAGAAGAAAAGAAAAACAAGAGGAAAAAGCGUCUCGAAAUAGAGCGCGGUCACUGCGGACGUUAUGUCGCGUGCGCAUACAGGGUGAACCACACACACGUAGACAUUUAUUUCUUAUACCCAGGAACGCGAGAGAGUAGAGAUGACGUACGCGACGAGAUAAAGCGACGUUGAUUACACUGAUACAAACGUACCGAAUAUCCGGAGACAACGGUCACGUAAUUAUGGAUUUUUUUUCUAUUUGACAAUUUCUAUUUCGUUGUCGUGUAAUUAAAAGUCGCGAUAAUUAACCGGUCUCGAGUGACGAGAGAAAGUUCGUAAGGAUGCGAAAAGAACAACAGUCACGUUGCUUUGAAACGAAUCGGCUGUGCCACCGUUCUCCCAUGUGUACGUAGGUUGCGUAUACAGCGUGUACGUGGGGAGAGAAAACGAGAGGGUGGGUUACAUAACUUGCGCCGCUAUUUCAUAAAAGAUUCCAUUUGUUCGUUCGCGACGCACUUUAAUUGUCGAACCUUGUCGAAAUUUCAUCGCGAGCGAUCGCUUUUCGUUGCUCUCUUUCUCCCUUCUCGGUGAGUUCGUUAGAAUUUACAAUAAUCGCGAAUAAUCGUGAAUGCACGAGAAUUGCGUAUUUUUCACGUAAAAAUUUGUUCAGAUAUCAUUCGCGAAAUUUUCCAAUCUUAAACAAGGUGAUUGUUUCAACGCUUCUCGUCAUAUUUGGCACGCGUCCGGAAAGUUCGAAAUUAAGCGUUUUAACUUGCAUCAUUCUAUUUUUCGCAUAACAAUUCGCCGUUGCUCAAGUAUCAAUGACUCUCGCGGCGAUUCACUCGUUGAUUCCCGUCAGCAAACUAUCGCGGAAAAAAUUUCUCCUUCCUAAACUCGCAAGACGCGCAAUUUCGCAAGUUAGAACCGUAGGUCUCGCGAAUUUCUUUGGCUCGAUCUUACUGAUAGUUAUGGAAAUUUGGAGAGUACGACUUAUAUAUCUGUUCAUAAAAUUGUGCGAUAAAAUGCGGGUAUACAGCACUAUAAAAUGUUGGGGGUGUCUUCUACAACUUAUAUAAGGUUCGUGCAAAUUCACGAUCGUGUCUUAUAAAUAAAAAAAGAGUUAAAAUAGACACCUAUAUAUCAAAAUAUAGGAGAGAAGGUGGGAAUAUGAACCAUUUUUUUUAUCACUUUUAGACAAAAAAUUUAAUAUUAAAUAAAUCAAAUUUAAUAUUAAUGCAAUAAUUGCAUCAGUAACUGUCAAAAGAGUGUCAGCAAAUAUAUCUCUUAUAAUGUAUUCAUUAUAUAAAACGUAGUAAUAUGGAACAUCAGGUUCCAUAUUACCGCCCAUCGCUAUUUUCCAAACGACUCAACGAGUCUCAACGUUAGCGAAGAAUAUUUCCAAAUAACUAAUCCUGCGGCUCGAGACUUUAAUCUUAUUACUCUUUAAUCGACACACUAUAGCUAAUAUGUUAAAUUUAUCGAUUAAGAAAAGAUUUUACCUUGUGAAAUAGAGGAAGAAAACAAAGUGACUUCUCUUAACACUAUAAAUAAUAUGACGCCAGAUCCCUUCGAUGGUGGAUAUUCAUAUUAUCACCUUUUCUCCUAAUCUCCUAAGUGAUUUUGAUCUCUUUGAAAGUGAUUUGGAAAUCGAUGGAACUUGCAGCUAGCUCGGCUAGCUUUCAAUAUGAUUAAACACGAAUUAAACCGAUGAGGUUCGUUUUACCGUACCAUUGCAGGCUGAACUCCGUGAGAUUGUUCCGGUUUCGAUGAUGUCCCUUUUAAGGGUUUAAAUGCGCGUUUAUCAUGCGCGUUCUCGCGCAUAUCGGCAUGUCGAUCGUUCAAAGUAAUCGAGAGUCAACUGUUGCGUGAGAGCUAGCUCAGGUUGAGUCGUUAUAUCUGAUUCUGCGAGUUUUUUUUUUUUAUAGCUCUCGAUCGACGUGGCACACAAUCGCCGCAACGCAACCGUGCCGGUUCAAUAUACGCAGCCGUAGUUCUCGUUGUCUAUGUAGCGAACUAUAAGGCACGUGAGGUCUAGAACCUUUACGCGAACUCGAUAUACCAGCUAUAUUGAUCGGAGGAAUACUAGCGAGGCGACGUUAAUUGUGACGUAUCGUCAACUGUCGAAAAGCGAAUCUUCGGGGUGUGUAAUCGUGUUACGUCACGUGAAUUAACAUUCGUCACUCGACGGAAAGUACGGCCGAACGCGCGUAGAGUCGUGUAAUCUAACGAGAUGGUUUUGUUUACCGAGAAAUCACGCAAACGCGGUAUUACCGCGUGGAAGCGCUCGUUGUUCAUGGAAUACCAACGGACAAAUAGCUUCACACCGCACAGAAUUACGCCACAAGAAAUUAAUAUAUCGGAGAAUACGUUACACACGAAUCACGUGUCUAUAUUAAAUAAAGUGGGUGACACUAACAAUGUUUGCGGUAUCGGUUGCAAAAUUCCAUUUCGCGGGGCUUACUUCCGAUAGAUGUGGCACAGUUGAAGACACCAUCGUUUAUAGAACAGGCUGCGCAUUCACACGAAGCGCACCUGAAGUCAAGACCGAAGGACAGAGGUGAUGCCGCGUUAGAUGUUUUCUCUGUUACACAGUAGACUACAGCCUGAUCUACAAUGUGUUCUUUGCCUCCUGUUUCUUGUUUUCUGUCUUUUUUUAGUUUAAGGUUUAAGGCUUGAGUCAGAAAGAGAUAAAGAAAAAGUAACAGGAAGCAAAUAACACAUUAUAGAUCAAGCUUACAGGAGGGAACGAUAGAGAGGAAACGAAAGAAAGAGUGGCGCAUAUACAUCUUCGGGUCUUAAGUAUUAAAUUCGACUAUGAACACCGGUCAUAGUGAGGGAAAGAGAGGACCGUAUGAUCGUUUCUCUUCCUUCGUUCUUUCCACCAACCAAACAAUUGGAAAGCAUCUCGCUCUUUAUUGCCCUCUCUUACAAAACUGACUCUAUCCUUCCUACGCGGUAAGGCGCGGUCUAUUCUAUAUGUCUAUGGUUGGACACAGAGAGCCGAGGAGAGUGAUCCUCGGAUCGGAGCGUCCCUCGAAAGUUCCGCGCGCCCCGAAAAUGACUCGAUAAUAAAACUUGGCGAGGGUGCACUCGACAUAAUGUUGUUGCGUGGAUUAAUUUUUGCUCUUCACUUUCUCGACUUAUUGAUCCAAGUCGGCGAGUCGUUCUCAAAAAAUAUCGCAGAACGGACAAUCGCGCAUCCGUUAGUCAAUGGCAUGCGGCGUUGCGAUAUUGGAACGAAACGUCGUGUAUAUGCCUGCUGGGCAUAACGAUUACAUUGGCUAAUGAAAGAAACAAAUUUAUCGGAACAAUUUAUUUGACUUGUCUUACAUUUAUUUGAAUUACACACGUCUCUGAGAUUUUCGUAUUUCGCGCACAAUGAAAUAGGCUUGAAGUUCUACUGUUGCAUUUUUGCACGAUUUGUUUUCGAUUAAUGCGAUGUUGACGAGCGCGUUGACGCAAUUGUUCGGAAUACAAUGAAUUUAAAUGUCAUUGCGUAUUUUAAAUUCCAUCAUAUUUCAAAAGCACUGAGAAGAUGUACGAAUUAUCAACAGCAUAGAGACGGCUGUGUUUUUAACGUAACAUAUUACGACUAUUAACUUUUGUGUGAAAUUCUUGAACGUGAGAGAUAAGUCGAAUGUAAUUCUAAAACGAGAAUUUCGAUCGAUGUCACUUCGUCCUGAGAUAAUUUCACAGUUGAACGAAUGACCUCUUCUUCUUUUCUAUUUCUAAGCGACAAUAUGUGACAUUGGCUGUUUUAAUUUCGGUGUACUGAUAACGCGCACGGCUACACAUUUUCGCGAGAAGAUAUAUUUGAAACACUGCCGAAAGGGACGCGGAGCAACGCGAGACGAGCGUAAACAACCCUGUGCACAUAUUUUCUCACUUCUUAAGGUAAUUUCGCUCGCUGGGAGGAGCUCGUCCUUCGCUCCUGGCGUGAAAAUAUGCUUUCGCGGCCGCAACACGGCGGCGGCGGUUCGACACUGGGUGUUCGUGAAAUUCAUACAUCUCGAAUUUUCGUGUCUCCGCAAUAUUUUUACCGUGAUAUUUUCAAUCGUCACUCGCAUUGUUACGUGGCGACGGAUUUGAAGCAUUUCGAGUUCAAAACCUAAUAUAUUCCGAGUCUCUCGUCGAAAGCUAGAUUAAAGGAAAUUCGACGAAUUUUAUAAAUGCGUAUUUUGUUACACGUACUUCUCAGAUCGGUAUUGUGUCAAAGAGAGCUGAUUUCGUCGUUUCUCUUAUUGAUGCGGACGAAAUGAGUCCCGUGACGUUCCUCGAGUGCUGUCACAUUCAUUAUCCAGACCCAAGUCCGUCUCUGUCGUUACGGGUUAUUAUCACCGGAAAAGAGGCACGACAUUCAACAUGCCGCACGUCUUCUAUUGUUACGCUGUGACGCCGAAACGAGUGCCACUUGUCUCAUCAGUUGACAACAAUAAACCGUAGUGCGGUUACCGAUUGAAAUAUUUAAGAUUAGGACGACAAAACGGAACGAGAGGCGUGUGAGAGGAAGCGAGAGAGAGA